AUGCGUCGGUCUUUCAUUCUUUCUUUGCUUUCCGCGGCGCUGGACGUCGCGGCCGGUUUGACCGAGUCCAACCUCGAAAAGCAUGUUGAUGUGCUGGCACUCAACUACUCCUUCAACCCCGUCAAGGCUGCCUACUGGACUGGAUACCCUCACCACCGUCGCACUCCUUUUGCUGUCUCGCCAGAUGGAAAAACCGCCUAUCUCGCCUAUCUGGAUUCCAGUGAGACUGACGUGCAUGUCCAGCAGCUGGAUCCCUCUACCUUCGAGGCUACUGGGACUAUAGUUACUGUGACUGGUGGAAAGGAAGCUGGUGGACUGGUUGCUCAUAAUGAUGGCUUUGCCUUGUUGACCAACGAAGCCAUGCCUUCCGGUACGACCAAUGCGCCCCCAUCCGACACUCCCGUUCCGGUCCUCUACCGCUACACCAACGGCGAGCAGACUUGGAAGACCUGGCUUGGUGGCCCCGGCGUGCACGAGUCUGACGGUCUAUCGGCUUCUCCCGACAUGAAUGGCGAUCUGGCCUACUCCGAAAGCGCAAAUUUGUACGGUGCCUAUUUCGUCGUCACCGACUACUCCGGUUCCGCGGAGGGCCACUACGGUGAUAGCAUUCAGUACGUGUCGGACAACGGAACCCUCGUCACGAUUACCGGUGCCACUAGCUCCUGGGGCUGCAGCCACAAUACCGGAAUUGCGUUUGAGGCGGCGGACGAUGCUCCCUUUGCCAGCAUCUGCGCCGAAGAUCAAGGCGCCAUCUGGCUCAACACGAAGACACAGGGGAUGACCAAUGACGGGGUCAAGAUCUCCAAUGAGAACACCACCAACGGAGCCUCGGGUGAGCCCAUGGGCGGUAUGUCCGGCAGCUUCAGUGCGCUGGCUCGAUUCGCGGACUCCACCCGCUACAUCUUCGCCUGGGUGUCUCGGGGCGCCAUCGACGUGACGGAGAACACCUGGAUGGGUGACGGCUACACCCACGUGAAUAACCGAACGAACGGCCGCAACGUCGCCAUGGCCCUUUUCACCGACAAGUACACCAAGGUCGGCACUCAGGCAACGUCCCAGGUGGGCGCCGAGGACGGCGACAGCCAGGUCACCUGGGUGACCAACGCCUCGAACGACUGCUCGAACGCGCAUGUAGCUACCUUUGGCAAUGACUCGGCCCUGAUCACCUGGGAGGAGAUCUCGAAUCCCACGUGUGACUUUAUCGCCAUGGGAUGCCGUGGGCAAUUUGCCGGCUCAUUCUUCCAGCAGGUGGAUUCGAGUGGAAAGAAGGUCGGCGAGGCUCUCACCAGCACUGAUACCUAUGUGGCGGGUGACAUGGUGACCAUGUCCGACGGCCGUGUUUGCUGGCCCUAUGUCAGCAUGACCUGGGAUCUGUCCCAGGCUGUCGGUUAUUCGUCAACCACUACCAAGAAGAUGAGCUUUGCUUGUAUCACGCUUGACGGGGCAUUUUCUUCGUCUUCGUCCUCUGCCGCUGAAUCUGCUGCAUCUACUGCUUCUGCUACUGCUUCUGCUGAAGCUUCCUCGGUUGAUCAGGGUGCAGCUUCUGCUGUUGCGUCUUCAGCCUCCGCUUUCUCCACUGUCGAGGCGGCCGCCAAUUAUGCCAGCGGAACCACUGCCCAGAGUAUAACUGUAUCGGCAACUGUGGAUACGGAGACAGCUGUUGAAACCUCGGUCCAAGCACCUACCGCUACAUCGGUCAGCCAAGCCGUUCCCACGUAUGCUGCGUCUCACGGGCAUGGACACCGUAAGCACCCACACCCUGCUGCCGGUUGCCCGCUGUAA